AUGUCUAAAGCAGUCGGUAUUGACUUAGGUACUACCUAUUCGUGUGUUGCGCACUUUGCCAACGACAGAGUCGAGAUUAUCGCCAAUGACCAAGGUAACAGAACCACUCCAUCGUUCGUUGCCUUCACCGACACCGAGAGAUUGAUCGGUGAUGCCGCUAAGAACCAGGCUGCCAUGAACCCAGCCAACACUGUGUUCGACGCCAAGAGACUGAUCGGUAGAAAGUUCGACGACCCAGAGGUCCAGGGUGAUGUCAAGCACUUCCCAUUCAAGGUUGUCGACAAGAGCGGCAAGCCACACAUCCAGGUCGAAUUCAAGGGUGAGACCAAGGUGUUCACUCCAGAAGAGAUCUCCUCCAUGGUGUUGACCAAGAUGAAGGAGACCGCCGAGUCUUUCCUCGGAACCACCGUUAAGGACGCUGUUAUCACUGUUCCAGCUUACUUCAACGACUCCCAAAGACAAGCCACCAAGGAUGCUGGUUUAAUUGCUGGCUUGAACGUCAUGAGAAUCAUCAACGAGCCUACUGCUGCUGCCAUUGCUUACGGUCUGGACAAGAAGAGCCAGGGUGAACAGAACGUUUUGAUUUUCGAUCUUGGUGGAGGAACCUUCGAUGUUUCCCUUCUGUCCAUUGAGGACGGUAUCUUCGAGGUCAAGUCUACCGCUGGUGACACUCACUUGGGAGGUGAGGACUUCGACAACAGACUUGUCAACCACUUCAUCAACGAAUUCAAGAGAAAGAAUAAGAAGGACAUCUCCGGCAACCAGAGAGCUUUGAGAAGACUCAGAACCGCCUGUGAGAGAGCCAAGAGAACUCUUUCUUCUUCCGCACAGACCUCCCUGGAGAUCGACUCGCUGUACGAGGGUAUUGACUUCUACACCUCGAUCACCAGAGCCAGAUUCGAGGAGUUGUGUCAAGACCUCUUCAGAUCCACCUUGGACCCAGUUGAGAAGGUGUUGAAGGACGCCAAGCUCGACAAGUCCCAAGUCAACGAGAUUGUGCUUGUUGGUGGUUCCACCAGAAUCCCAAAGGUGCAGAAGCUCGUCUCCGACUUCUUCAACGGAAAGGAGCCAAACAGAUCCAUCAACCCAGAUGAGGCCGUUGCCUACGGUGCUGCUGUGCAGGCUGCUAUCUUGACCGGUGACACUUCCUCCAAGACCCAGGACCUGCUGCUGUUGGACGUUGCUCCAUUGUCUCUCGGUAUUGAGACCGCUGGUGGUGUUAUGACCAAGCUGAUCCCAAGAAACACCACUAUUCCAACCAAGAAGUCUGAGAUCUUCUCCACUUACUCCGACAAUCAACCAGGUGUGUUGAUUCAAGUGUACGAGGGUGAGAGAGCCAGAACCAAGGACAACAACUUGCUUGGUAAGUUCGAGCUCUCUGGUAUUCCACCAGCUCCAAGAGGUGUUCCUCAAAUUGAGGUCACCUUCGACAUUGACGCCAACGGAAUUCUGAACGUGUCCGCUGUUGAGAAGGGUACCGGAAAGUCCCAGAAGAUCACCAUCACCAACGACAAGGGUAGAUUGUCGCAAGAGGAGAUCGAGAGAAUGGUCUCUGAGGCUGAGAAGUACAAGGAGGAGGACGAGAAGGAAGCUAAGAGAAUUGCUGCUAAGAACGGUCUUGAGUCCUACGCUUACUCCUUGAAGCAAACUGCUUCUGAGAAGCAAUUCGAAGAGAAGGUGGAAGCUUCCAAGAGAGAGGCUUUGACCAAGGCUUGCGACGAAACCAUUGCUUGGUUGGACGAGAACCAGACCGCUACUGCUGAGGAGUACGACGACAAGAGAAAGGAGUUGGAGCAAGUUGGUAACGAAGUCCUGAAGGACUUGUAUGCUGAGGGUGGUGUGCCAGGUGGUGCUCCAGGUGGAUUCCCAGGUGCCGGUGGCGCUCCAUCCACCGAGGAGACUCAAGGUCCAACUGUUGAGGAGGUGGAUUAG